AUGGUUCGCUCUGGUCUCGAGGAGAACCCUGAUCCCUAUGCGAGGCCUCGAGUUUCCAGCUAUCGCAUGUGCUCCCACUGGCUAAUGGCACUGCUUCUCUAUGGAGGUACCGUAUGGUGCGGUUUGUCAGUACUCAGACCCACUCCAGCAUCAACUAAGCUGGCGUCGCUGACUGCUCUGAAGUCCCUCAGGCGCUGGGCUCUCGUACCCACUCUAGCAGCCUUGAUUACCCUCGCCAGCGGGCCCUUCGUUGCCGGUUUGGACGCUGGACGAGCUUUCAACACGUGGCCCAAGAUGAUCGAUGACUGGGUACCCGAUGAAGCAUGGAGGUUCUGGGGUGAGAUCCUAGACCGAUUCAAGUCUGAGAAGUCCGGGCUUUGGCUAGCCGCCACGGAGAAUACAGCAGUUGUCCAAUUCAAUCAUCGUUGUUUGGCAUACUCGACCGUUAUCUCGUCUGUUCUCCUCGGUAUCUACGCCAGGAGGAUGAAGGAUUCCAUCCCUAAGAGUGCCUAUAGAGCGGCUCUUUCAACGAGUCAUCUCUCGAUCGUGCAGAUGCUACUCGGCAUCUCAACUUUACUAAUGUAUGUCCCUACAGAACUAGGAGUGCUACAUCAAGGAGGUGGUUUGGCAGUAUUCACUGCUCUGAUCAUGCUCCGACAUGCUUGUCGUCUCCCAUUGCCGGUGACAGCCGCAUAG